UGUAAUCAAAAACAAAUAUCUUCGCCGGCUGUUGUGAUACGCGUUUAUUUUGAUAAAGAUAAAAAUAGUACCGAGUCAAGUUAUAUGCUAGUGAGAUACCAAAACACAGAGUCUACUCUUCGCAUGGGAGAACUUUCGAUGAAAACAUCUAAAACAUAAAAACUGGUAUUGCAGAUGAGAUUCUUGGGCAUGCGUCCCCGGCUCAUGUUGCUCCUCAAAGAGAGGAGACCAGCAUCCAAAAGAUCGCGUCACAACCGGCAUUUCAAAGAUUGUGCUUUCUUUGUGUAAAUAAGAAAGGUCGCGAAAGAGAUUCAGACAUUAUUCUCUAUUGCGUGAAAGUGAAAAGGCAGAGUGUUUCGAUUAUUUUUAUUCGAGAAUGGAUUUUUAGAUGAAUGGCAAAUGUCUGGCUGAAAAUAAGUCUACCAUGGGAUCCAAUCGACACUCAUCCCGCCCGCGAUUUCAUAUCACACACUCCAGUGGCUCUGAAUUUGUGUUAGCUUGGCUCGCGUAGCAAUCUCGAUCUUCCAGGUUAUCUGCUUUCAGUCAUAGUCCAAUGAAUCUCUAGGCUUACGGGCUCGACGUUAAGUGUCUCCCUCGCAAAUUUCAAAAUUACCACAAAGUUGACUAGACGCAGGAAGAAGCUUAACAAUGCUUUUCACACUUAUUGUCAUCCUCAUCACCCUUGCAAUUCUACUGGAUUAUUCGGCAAAGAAAAGGCGAUAUGACAUGACUGUUAAUAUUCCAGGUCCAGAUAUCAUACCGAUAUUUGGAUCAACAUUUAUAUUCAAAGAGAGGAGUGUAGAAGAUUCACUAAAUAUCGUCAAAGACCUCACCACAAAAUACGGUCCAGUAACUCGUACAUGGUUAGGACAUAAAUUAAUCAUUGCCAUAAGAAAACCAGAACUUCUUGAAGCAAUUCUGACCAGCCCCAAGUAUAUUACGAAAGGUUCACUUUAUGAUUUCCUGGAAAUAUGGCUUGGUCGUGGUUUGCUGCUCAGCACAGGAUCAAAAUGGCACUCCAGACGAAAGAUCAUAACUCCAACAUUUCAUUUUAAAAUUCUGGAGGAAUUUGUAGAGAUUUUUGAUCGCCAAAGUAAAAUUUUAGCACAGAAAUUGGAAAAGCAUUUAGACGGAAAGGAGUUUAAUGUUUAUCCUUAUGUCACCUUGGCAGCUUUAGAUGUUGUUUGUGAAACCGCUAUGGGUACGAAAAUUAAUGCUCAAACUGAUCCUGAUUGUGAAUAUGUUAAGGCUGUUGCUGAAAUAACCACCAUUUUAACACAACGUUUCGUUAACAUUUGGUAUCGAAGUGACCUCAUAUUCAGAAUAUUCGCACCUAAAAUGAAAGAACGUCAAGAUUACGCCGUGAGUGUCCUUCACAAUUUCACUGAACGUAUUAUCGAAGAGCGUAAGAAUACCCUGUUGUCGGAGAAAACGAACAAAGAUGCAACUACAACACAAGAAGACACUGAUGUUGGUACCAAAAGAAAAAUGGCCCUUCUCGAUGUUCUUCUACAGUCGUCAGCUGAUGGUAAACCGCUUACAAACACCGAUAUUCGUGAAGAAGUGGACACAUUUAUGUUCGAAGGACAUGACACAACAACAUCCGCGAUGUCCUUCACACUUUAUUGUCUAUCACGUCAUCCAGAAGUACAGAAACGAGCAUUCCAGGAAAUAUGCGAAGUUAUAGGAACUGAUAAAAAUAAGCCAGUCACCUACAGAGAUUUACAGAAUUUGAAAUAUUUGGAGUGCGUUAUCAAAGAGUCACUACGGUUGUAUCCAUCAGUUCCAUUAAUAGGUCGAAGGAUGAUUGAAGAUACUAAAAUUGGUGAUUAUAUACUACCAGCCGAUGCAAAUGUUAGUGUACCAAUUUUUGUAAUACUGAAGGAUCCCAUAUUGUUCCCAGAACCCGAAAAGUUUAACCCUGAUCGACAUCUCCUAGAAAAUUCUGAUGAGAAAACCAAUCCUUAUUCGUAUAUUCCAUUUAGCGCUGGACCUCGCAAUUGCAUCGGACAGAAGUUUGCAAUGCUGGAAAUGAAGAGUACGGUCUCAAAGAUGCUAAGGCAUUAUGAGCUCCUUCCAAUAGGACCUGAACCGAUACCAGUGAUAAACUUAGUUUUAAGGUCGAUCAAUGGUAUUCAUAUUGGAAUAAAGCAAAGACAGUACUGAUUUUAUUGUAUCUAA